AGCACUUCCGGGUUGUCGUCCCGUCCCGAUCUCGCGCGGUGAACGUGAAUACGCGUCUUGGUCAAGUGACUUCCUGCUGUUUGAGGUGAACACCAUCAGAAUGAGGGAGAUAUAGACUGUUCAGUUCAAUUGUAACUGAAUGUACUGUGGUUUUCGGCACCGUUACAAUGAGCACAAUGACAUCAUCAGUAUCUCAGUCUCAGGAAUACCAGAGUUUCAGGAGCACCAUUCCACAGAAAAAGAUUGUAGUUGACGAUGACAACAGCAAAGAAUGGACACUGUAUGAUGCAGGACCAAAGAGCAUCAAGUGUCCACUCAUUUGUUUCCCCCCAGCCAGUGGUGGAGCAGACGUCUACUUCCGACAAAUACUAGGCCUGUCUGCUGCAGGAUUCCGAGUGAUUGGGGUGGAAUACCCAGUUUACUGGACCAUGAGGGAACUUUGUGAAGGCUUCAGGAAGUUAUGUGAUCAUCUGCAGCUUAAUAAAGUUCAUAUAUUCGGGGCUUCUCUGGGAGGCUUCCUGGCUCAGAAGUUUGCGGAGUUCACUCACCGCUCCCCCCGGGUGGCGUCCAUCAUUCUAUGCAACUCUUUCUAUGACACAUCCAUCUUCCAGCAGACAAACUCUGCCGCUACAUUCUGGAUGAUGCCAGCACUCUUUCUUAAGAAGAUGGUGAUGGGAAACUUUGAAAAAGGUGUUGUUGAUGCUGAAAUUGCUGACUCGGUUGAUUUCCUGGUUGAAAAGUUGGACCAACUUAGCCAGCCAGAGCUGGCAUCGAGACUAACGCUGAACUGCAUGAACUGCUACAUUGAACCACAGAAACUGCGUGGAGUUGAGGUUACCAUUAUUGAUGUGUUUGAUGACUGUGCCUUAUCUCAUGCUGUGAGAGAGGAGAUGUACAAAUGUUACCCAGACGCUAAACGAGCCCACCUGAAGACUGGCGGCAACUUCCCUUACCUAAGUCGCAGUGCAGAGGUCAACGUCUUCAUACAGAUUCACUUAAAGCUGUUUGACACUACCCAAUACCAUGCCAAAGAAAUCACAGCAGAAGAGCAGGAGAAUUAUAACUCCCGUGAUGCCAAUGCCAACAUCAACGAAUCACACAGUGAGACCCGCCUCUAUAUCACCAUGACAGGAGGGGGAGGUUGCUGUUGCCGGAGGCCCAACAAGAUUUCUCCAGCCCCGGGAACAGAAUCGGAAUACCACCUGGUGGAAAUCAGACCAAAGCGACAUUUAAGAAUCCGGCACAUCAACCAAGUUCCCAGAGAUGAAAAAUUUCAAACUGAAAUGGACACCUAUUUAAUGUACAGACGUCAGGGCUAUCCGUCCAGUCUUGUGACCAGUGGUCCUCUGACAGCACCAAAGAGGAGGGUUGUCUCCGAUAGGCCAGGUGGGCCGCAUAGUGACAUCUUGCCAAAUACCAUAAAUACAUCGGAAACACCUGCCACUGCCAGUAUUUUGUCACCAAUUCAAAAUGGAAUUUCAGGGAUGCAAUCCAAAGAGUCAACUUUCUCUUGCAGUUCCCCUUUAUAUCAGAAUGCAGUGAGAUCUGCUUCAAGUGUCAUGGUGGCUGUUGAUAGGAAGCAACCCUAUCAGGGAGACAAUCAUCAUCCAUUGGCUGAAGAGACUGCAAAGCCAGUUGCUCUAGAAAUACCUGCUGUAGAAAUUGAGCAAAAAUCAAAAGAAGUCCAGGACAAAACCACCAGUACUGACUGUGUGCUGUUCUUCAUACAUGGUGUAGGGGGGUCCAGCGAUAUAUGGAUGCCUCAGCUAGAGUAUUUUGCUAAUGAGGGCUAUGAGAUCAUUGCCCCGGACCUCAUAGGACAUGGGUUUAGUUCUACUCCAAACAAUGCAAGGGCGUAUCACUUUGAUGAAAUCAUGGCUGACAUGGAAGAGAUGUUUGAUAGAUACUGCAAGAGAAAGAACAUUGUUAUUGGUCAUUCAUAUGGAUGUUCAUUUGCUGCUGUACUCGGUCGGAAACGGUCGCGACGUGUGACCAAGCUUGUGAUGAUCAGUGGGGGGGGGCCCACCCCUCUCAACCCCCAGCCUGGCAUCUUCUCCCUCCCUGUGUGUGUUCUGUGCUGUGUCAGACCAUGUGUAGAGUGUACCUUUAAAAAGAGUGCAUUUGCAUCAACCAGGAGGCCAGUCAUUUCACCAGAGGAAGCAUUUGCAAUCCCCACAUAUGUCUUACGUCACACAAUGAAUGGGCAGAUUUGGCCGGAUGGGGACGAGCUGUUCCACAACUGGCUGAUGUGUCCCACACUCCUCAUCUAUGGCCUUAAGGACCAGCUGGUGUCCCUCAGGGAGGAGAAGGACAUGGAGGAGGCAAUCUACCAGUCCAGACUGGAGGUCAUUGAGGAUGCUAGCCACAUGGUGAUGAUAGAGGCUCCAUCGGAAGUCAAUCAGUUCAUCAAGGAUUUCCUUCAUCAGUCAUCCCAGUUUGUGGAGGAGAGCAGCCCGGCACGUGAACAGCAGGCCAUGAGUCGAAUGUCUCAGCGGUCUGCCAAGUCAGCACGGUCAACUCGAGGGGGCCAACAUAGCAAAGUCAUGAGAUGAUGCUUCACAGCUUCUCUAUAUCGAGACAAGAAAAUUCAAGAGGUUGCCAAAUUAGUGUUGUGACAGUACAUUGUGGAUGUAUUCUUAAAUUUGAAGCUUCAUUUAGACUUGUUUCUGUGAGCUGAUAAUUCAAGAAUCACUGACUGAUCUGCAUAUUCCUUGUUUACUGACUUCAAAGACUGUUAUUUGUACAAGAUAAGAUUUCCAUGUUUUAUGAAUUUUGGUUGUUUUUGUUAUUGGAAAAAAUGUACUUAAAUAUGAAAUUUAUCAUCCUAUCCUGUGCAAAUAAGCUGAGGGUACAUGGAUAAAAUGGAAAAUCCCAGCUGGAAUUUCUGGAUUCUUCAGAAAACAUUGCUUCAAGUAUAUGUCUCUAAACAUCAUCAACACUCAUCUGAAGACAGCUAGCAGUGAAGGAAGGCUCCAUGGCAGUGUGUAAUGUAUAUACAUUGCAAGUUUGGUAGAGAAGGAAAUAUUGUUGUGUGGAGCUUGGGGUGUACACAUUAAACGGUGAUGUCAUGGAUGGCAAGUGUGCUCAACGGAUGACUAUCUGUGUUUAAUAUUAAAUACAAACUUAAAGGAAAUUGAUACUAGAUGAAAUAAAAAGACGUGCAAAUUAUUUCUUGCACAUUGAUGAGUACAUUGGUCAUUUCUUCCCAUUCACAAAACAAUUGAAGCAAAUAAUGAUAUCUGGGAAAAUACUGGCACUGACAUGAGUCGUACAAAGCUCUAUGUGUUGAAGGUAUAGUCUGUGUUAUUGACUGGGUCAGUCCUAUCAGUAUCUGUAUACAGGUGCCAGCAGCACCCUCAGUGUGAGACCAACAAUUGUUGUAGGUACCAACACCUCAGGGUCUCAACUUGACAGGCAUUCUCAUCACAAAAGUCCUUGCAAAUGUUAUACAAAUCCUUCAAGCACCGCAAAUGUUGCAUCUUCGUCAUUUCCAGAACAGGUGAUACAGUCCUACUAAAGAAAGAAUUACAAUUGCACACUAUUGAGAAAGGAGGGGUACACACUUCAUUUUCACGAGAGUUUCAAUGGUCAUUUAAAAAUCUUUCAGGACAAAGGUGCAAAAAAAACCCACACUAACCCCGCUCUGGAUCCCCCUAUGGGUGGCAAGGCUCGCUGACUUGGUUGACACAUGUCAUUGGUUCCCAUUUGCAUAGAUCGAUGCUCAUGCUGUUGAUCACUGGAUUGUCUGGUCCAGACUCGAUUAUUUACAGACAGCCGCUAUAUAGCUGGAAUAUUGCGGAGAGUGGUGUAAAACUAAACUCACUCACUACACUUCAGAACACAUAAGUGUUUCCAAAUAUUUUUUAACUUGUUGUUUUGUAACAUGUUUAACACAAAGUGCUAUGACAUUUUUGAGAUCUCUAUUCUUGUUGGUUCUAUUUUGUAAGAAUUUGUGACCUGUUAUUGUUGAUUGUGCUAGUGGAAGUGUAAAUAGGUUUAAUUACUAGUAUACUUCAGUGGUUUUGGCUCAUUGUCUCACUUAUUUUGAAUAUCAACACGUUUUUUCACCUUUGUUUUCAGAAUGUAUGGAACCUUCAAUUUUUGUGAAGGUUAAAUGGUUUCAUUUUAUGUUUAGAAGCUGAUAUGUUCUGUAUUUAUAGUUGAUCUUUUGCCAGGGCAUUGUCAAACUAUUUAUUAAACCUUUGCUGAAAAAAUCUAAAAUCUAUUAUAUUCUGAAUUUAUUUUGCAAUUUAUUUCUUUAGGCAGUCUUAUUCUGCAUUUAUGUGAUGGUAAAAUUAACCAUUUGGAGGCUCGUAUAGGAAUAUUUGUGCUGAACUCUAUCCAAUGUUCCCUGUCAUUGACUACUUAACAUGCAAUCAUGUUCCCAUGUGGAUCUUAGCUAAGAGUGAGCUUAACUUAUUUAUCAUUGUGUGUAAACAUCCAGGGAUUAUUUAUUACAGUAUUCCUAGAAUGUGUGCUGAUGCCUUCAUUUCUGUUUUACCACUUUCACAAUUUCCAAUUUGUCUACUAGAAGCUCACUAAUCUCUCUCUCGAGACACUUUGUUACUGUUUCAUUACAGUUGUAUGCCAGUUAACCAAAGGUGUAUGAGUUUAGAUCCAAGGCCAAAUAUGUGCAGGAAUCAUACAUUACCUCAUUACCCAAAAUAAAUUGACUUAUUUUUAUAGGCAAAAUGUUAAUACGAAACUAGAAACUAUUUUUCAUUUUAAAGCCAGACCAAUUUUAUUCCUUGUUUUACAGAUUUUGUCCUCAGAAAACCUAAAGGCAGGAGGGAAAAAAAAAAAAAAUAUAAAUCACUGGUCAAAAUAAUGUUCCUUUUAAAUUCUAAAGUAUUUUAUUUUUGGCAAUUUGUGAAGUUUAUAUGGGGCAAAAACAUAAUCCAAAAUUGUUUUGGGGUAAGUUUAAAGUUUUGGCCAAUAAAAACAUGAGGGUUUUAUUUUUUGAGCUGGGAAAAUUAAUUUUCAUUUUCUUUCUUAUUCUUGAAUACCAUGCAGAUAGUGAAUGUUAUGUAGCCCAAGGUUUGAUAAAGUGCAUGACUGUAUGGAACCAACAGGGUUCAACCAGAAAAAUGUUGCAACACUCUAUGCAUACAAAUUGGGAAUGGAUGAGCAUACUCUAAACAAUGUUUAUACCAUGCUUAUAACGAACUGGCAGAUAUAAGUGACUCUUAAUUGGUACAGACCUCUUGCUGUAUAUUUGAGUCGAAAGCAAUUGCAAAUGUUAAAAGAAACAAAAAAGAGAGACAAUACUAUAAUACAAUAAUCUGUUCUAAAGAUGUUUGAUAACAGAACUUGUCAUGUAAAAUUAAGCCUUACCUGAUUUUAGUAGAUUCAUGGAAAUUGGAACUUAUCUCCACAUUACUCUCACUUGUUACAGUGUUUCUAUCAUUUCAUUGUCGCGUUGAGUUUCUGUACUGUUUACAACUAUUACACUUUGGGUGAUUUUAUGGAACGAUCCUGAAUUGUCUGGUCCAAACUCGAGGAUUUAUUGAUCACUGUGUUUCAGCUUGACUGUGGGAGUGUGGUGCUACACAACAAACAAUCUGUACAAUACGCUCGAAAGAAAAUCAAAAUAAUUGUUGUCUGACUUGUAUGUUUGAGGACUGGAUUCUCUAGGAAAACAGCCAAGGCUGAAAAGUUCAAUCCACUUUGCAAGUGAAUCUCAAUGUUGUUACUUGGAAUUUUAUUGUUAUGUAAGUGUACAUCAAUCAUUGGAGCAUGUUAAUUGAGGCACAUGCACAAUAUCUCACUUAAUGACAGUGAUUCACCAACAUUUGUACAGCUGUUGUCAUCACCCACAGACUAAGGAUUUUCCUCCAAUAUGCAGGGAUGAGAAUUUUCCGCAGAUCUGCAGAAUUCCGGGAAUUUAAUAAGGCCAAUUUUUGUGAAUCGUCUAAAUCCAUUGACAAUUGUAUGAAUGUGCUUCAGCAGAUUUAAAGUUUUUUAUUGGUUCCUGUGUUCAUGAUAUUGUCAUUUCUGAGCCAGUUUUAAAGGUUUAAAAUGCCUAAAUAUCAGGAGCUUCGGCUCGGGUUUUUCUCAAAACUUUAUUCUCAUCCCUGAAUAUGAAUCAUGUCAGGGGGUAUGACUGAAGUGUAAUUAAGUAUUCUAAAGUCCCACAGUGUUAAUUAUUGGGCCAAGUGUAUGAAGUGGUGUUCAUGGAUUCUGUGAUUUCACUUUUAUUCAUAGAUUUGCAUGUGACAAUAUUUUGAAUAUAGAGGUGUAUCUUACAGUUUUUCGCUCACAUGGUCUGAGAGGUAUAUGGUAUAUGUGUAGUCAGAAGUGGAGCUCAACUUGUGUUUCACGAUAGUUUGAUUUUUCUCUUUUAUUAAACCUUUUCACCAUUCUCCAAAAUUCUCUAAAAUACAUUUCCACACACUUAAACCACAAGAGCAAUGAAGUUGAAAUUUAACAUGCUUGUUGCGACAGUAAAGCUAUCAGUUAUCUUUCAGUAUCAUUUGGCAGUUGUACUUUUAUUAUUUGCAGAACGAAUUUGGAAGUUGAAGAUUAUUUUCUUUUUUUUUCUCCCUGAAUUCCUUUGAAUAUUUGGACAAAUAUUUGGUAAGUCAGCAUCAUAAAAAAUAAUAAAAAACCUUAGGAUUAUACGGCUCAGAUUUGAAAGUUUGUUGACAAUAUAUAUGGUGGACAGAAACUUUAUUGUAAGAUAAGAAAGUUUUAACAUCAUAACAUUAAUUAUAUAAUCAUUAAUAUAACAUUUACAUGGUAAAAGUACCUUACACUAGUACAUUACAAUGACAAGAUGUGAUAUUAUCAUUUCUCUAAUUACCUCAGUUUAUGCCAUAUGGGUACUGCUGUUGUUAUGGACAGAUAAUACAGUUUCCCGCGAGCAUACAGGGACUACAUUAGUUACAUGCCAAAAAUAGAACAGAAGUCUCUUUCUUACAUUAGUUGUGACUACCCAAUUAUUUGUAACCAUGACAUACAUAAAGAUUUUGAUGAAUAUCUUAAGGAUUUAUAGUGUUUGAUAAAGAAUGAACUUAUGAAUAUACAGUGUUGAAAUCCUUCAGGUAUGUCAGGAUUAGUUAGACAAUCAAGACUGUGAUGGACAUAAAAUACAGUAGUCCCUUGUUGCCAUGUUGUUUGUUAAGCUAGUGGUUGUGACUCAUUCAUCCUGCCGUUUUCUACACUGUGAUACAAGUUCUAGCAACAGGCUGUGAUAAAAUCAUGUCAUUGUUCUACUGAUUAAAGUAUCGUUUUGUCAUAACUAAA